AGACUUCUAUGGAAGAAGUCUACCGAUACCGCGCCCACGCGCAGCCCCGCGAGUCUGGCUUCCGCGCCUGGGAGCAGCCAAGGCCGCCUCUUUUCCUCCUCCAACGCCACCCCCACGGCUGCGGGACGGGACUCCAUGGUGAUGGACGGCUCCAAGGGACCCUCUCCUCGCGGGAGGCUCGCGCUCGCCCCCAAGAGCGAAGCGAUGGCCCAUUCGCUGUUUGAGCUCUCCAAGCGCAAAGAGUUGUGGGUUCCCGACGAGCAUACGAACGAGUGCUCGAGCUGCCAGGAGCGCUUCUCGACGGUCAAGCGCAGGCACCACUGCCGCGUGUGCGGACGCAUUUUCUGCAAGAAGUGCUCCCGGGGCGUGAUCGAGCUGCCGGUGAUCAAGCUGCGCUGCUGCAUGUCGUGCAUGCACUACCUCGAAGUCACCCCCGAGCAGGAGAUCCUCCAGCUCGUCCACACCAGGCACGCCUCCGCCUAUUCUCUCCAAAAAGCCAGGGCUUAUGUGCUGGCCGAGGCGGCCCGCGGAGGAGUCAAGGCGCCCGUCGGCGACUCGAUGACCGUCUCCAGCGACAGCGAUGGCGAAACAGAGAGCGACCCGUCGUUCACGCCCUCCAGCUCGGUGGAGUCGACGCACGGGUUCGAGGUGGCCGAGCAGGCCGACGACAUGGUGACGGAGAGGGAGGAGCCUGCGCUCAAGGGCCGCACCAGCUCCCUCAACGCGCAGCUGUUCGUCAGCUACGUCGAGGCCCGCAACCUCGACCUCAAGCAAGAUUGCGUGGGCAUCUACUCGGUGCUCUCCCUGGGCAAGCAGCAGGUCCGGACCGUCGACACUAAGUCUGCCGGCCUCUCUCGCUCGGCCCAGUGGAGCGAAGGGUUCUACUUUGAUGUGACGGACUCAGCCAGCAUCUUCAUCAUCUCUGUGUGGGCUCAGCACCAGUCCAACGGGAUGGAGUCCACCUUCCUCGGUCAAUUCAACAUUCCGGUCUCGGCCUUCGUCAAGAACCCCAUGGUCGACCGGGAGUUCAGCCUGCUGUCGAAGAAGGGCACCCCCAUCCGCUCCACCGUCCACAUCAAGAUCCAGUACACCACCAUCAAGCAAAAAGUCACGCCGGACGACUUCCAGCUGCUGCAAGUGGUGGGCCGCGGCAACUUCGGCAAGGUCAUGCAGGUGCGGAAGAAGGACACGGGCCGCAUCUACGCCAUGAAGGUCCUCCGCAAGGACGCGGUGGUGCAGAACGAUGCCGUGGAGCACACGAUUUCGGAAAAGAACGUGCUGAAGCGGAUCUCGCACCCGUUCAUCGUGUCGCUCAAGUACUCGUUCCAGACGGCCGACAAGCUCUACCUGGUGCUGGACUACCUGUGCGGCGGCGAGCUCUUCACCCACCUCUCGUCGGUGGACCACUUCACCGAGGAGCGGACGCGCUUCUACGCCGCCCAGAUCGUGCUCGCCCUCGGCCACCUCCACGAGAACGGCGUCAUCUACCGCGACCUCAAGCCCGAAAACCUCAUGCUCGACAUGGACGGGUACCUGUGCCUCACGGACUUUGGCCUGUGCAAGGAGGGCCUGGCCCCGGGCCAGAAGACCCGCACCUUCUGCGGGUCGCCCGAGUACCUCGCCCCCGAGAUCCUCAAGGGCAAGCCCUACGACAAGGCGGUGGACUGGUGGGCUCUGGGCACCUUCAUCUACGAAAUGCUCAGCGGAUGGCCUCCCUAUUUCGACGAGGACCCCAAGAGGAUGAACAAGAUGAUCCUGCUGGAGCCCCUCACCUUUGAGCCUUCGCUGUUCCCUCCGCACGCCCAGUCCCUCAUCGCGGGCCUCCUCAACAGGGAUCCGGAGAAGCGCCUGGGGAGCGGGCAAUACGGCACGCAGAACAUCAAGAACCACCCGUUCUUCGCCAAGGUCAACUGGGACAAGCUCUACAAGCGCCAGAUCGAGCCCCCCUACAAGCCCCACCUCCGCAACAUCACGGACACGCGCUUCUUCAGCGAGGAGUUCACGGGUGAGCCGGUGAAGGACUCCUACGUUGACUCGCACAUCUCCAAGACCUACCAGGAUGCGUUCGUGGGGUUCUCAUGGCAAAACGCGUCCGAGUACCUCGACAACUACCCCAAGAACCUGCCCGAAUACGCCAUCAAGAGGAGGACACGACGACCUUCGCGUCCGCAGCCCUUCGAGAAGGACUCCCUCGGGCAGAGCGGGGGCAUGUUCUCGCCCCUGUCGAGCGUGAACGAGAACGAGGUCGACCUGGAUUGGGACUCGCCGCCCGAGAUGGGAAGCAGCUUCCCCUCCCACAACAGCCCCUCCUUCACGUGA